AUGGAUGAAGAUUUAACCAAAUCAGUGUGGGAUGAUGAUUUUGAUUCCAAUAAGCAAAAUGACAUCGAACUGUCUGGUGGAUUAGGCGAUGGCAUAAGCUCCCUGUCUACUGCAUUCGGUCAGUCAAUCACGCCCUUGGUCAAUGAAUUUCAAUCAUACUCAAUUGACGAUCCAUUUGCUAACCCCUUUGAUGAUAGAAAACCACUGCCUGAACCAAGUGACAAUGAUGAUGAUGAUAACGUGAACAAAGCUCAAAAAUUUACAAAUUUCAACUCAGAACAAGAACAGUUGCAUGAGCUUAAAUCAGAAGAACGCAAGGAAUUGAAAAGUCAAAUUAUGUCAGAGCUUACCCACGGUUCUGAAGAAAGCGACCUUUUAGCACAACAGUUGAACGAAAGGACCCCAAAAAGUGUCCGCAAAACUGACGAAUUGUUCCAUGACAGGGAAUCUCCAAUCAAACUCGUUUCUCUGGGUGAAGAUACAACCUUAUCGCCCAGUAGGCCACUAAAUGUUAAAAAAUUCAAAGCGGGCAGACCGAGAAAAUUCAGUUCCAAAACAAAUGUGCAGCACUUGAAGUCAUCACAAUCGGACUCAGCAGAUAAUUUGCUUGGACCAUUAGGUGGCGCACUAAAAGUGACAGAUGAAUUGGUAUCCGAACAAGGAGACCAAGUUGAAGAGAAAGAUAAUGUCGAAGAAGAGGUAACGAGCGACAACAAGAGCGGAGAAGAGUCUAAGAAGCAACCACCACCGCCAAAAAACAAGGACGAAAAUGAGUUGGACAUCACUGUGGGCGAUCCUACGAAAGUGGGUGACAUAACUACUGCCCAUAUUGUAUACAAAAUCAGGACCAAAAACAAAAAUCCAGAGUCGGUGAAAUUUCCAAACAUAGACACAGCAGAAGUGACAAGGAGGUAUAGAGAUUUCAGAUGGAUUUAUCAUCAACUACAGGCAAACCACCCAGGAAGAAUUAUUCCACCACCUCCAUCGAAGCAAAGCAUCAUUGGUAGAUUUAACGAAAAGUUGAUUGAGCAUAGAAGGUUUGCUUUGGAGAAAAUGCUACGCAACAUUUCCAACAAACCAGGUCUUGCUAAUGACCCAGAUUUCGUUUCGUUUUUGACCAACGAUGGCGAUGGAAGAUUCAAUGAGGGUGGACUUGAAGAGUCAACGUUUCACGAAGGGGGCACAGCUAACUCCAAUUCCUCAUCUGCAGCAAAUGUAGCUGCUAGUGCUGCCAUAGCGUCCACUGGUUUUAUGAGCUCGUUGUUCUCCAUGUCGAACAAAUUUGUUGACCCCGAUCAGUUUUUUGUUGAAAAGAAGAACUAUCUUGAUGAUUUGGAAUACAAUUUGAAACAGUUUGCUAAAACGAUUGACUUGAUUGGAACCCAGCGACAAGAUAUGAGCAACAUUUUAGAAGAGUUGGCAAUCACAAUGGAGGAACUAUCAGCUUUGGAAAUCAGCAAAGCCACCACAGAUCUACUUAACGCAUUUAGCGAGGUUGAGUUUAAGAUUAAAGAUAAUUUGGACAGACUCAACAUCUCAGAUCAAUUGACUAUUGGAUUCACUAUUGAUGAGUACUUGCGAAUUAUAGAGUCGAUAAACUAUGUUCUACAAACGAGAGUCAAAAUCUAUCAACUGUUUUCAUCUUUGACUACGCAAGUUGACAAGUUAUCAAAAAAGCAACCACUUCUGCCGGAGAGGGCAUUCGAAGUUGAAAAGCUAAAAGAAAGACAGGGCGAUUUAAAGGAACAGUUUGAGCAAAUAAGUGAGACUAUAAAGGCCGAGUUAGAAGAGUUUGAACUUAAUAGGAUCGAUGAUUUCAGAAACAAUGUUGAAAUCUAUGUUGAAAGCUCUAUUGAGUCACAAAAGGAGGCAAUCGAGUUGUAUGAAACUUUUUAUAGUAGGUAUAUACUUCAGUAG